AUGUAUUCAACUAAAUUUUUUUUUAUGCCACCUUUAUCGAAACGACAAAAACGGGCUUAUGAAAAACUUGGUUCAAAUGGAAAAUUUCAAAAGAAAGUCCAAAGUGAUGAGUCAUCGAGCAAUGAAAGUGAUGAAGAUAUAAUUUUUGAACCUUUAGUUUUACCCGAAUUAGAAGAGACUACAAAAAUAAUGCUUAAAAUGUCACAUAUAAUUUUUCAUGGACAAAAAAUGCAGAUGCUAGACUCUGUGGUCAUUAUUCUGGUUUAUCUCGUACAACAAAAUGGCAUAAUGAUAAAAAAUCUGUAG